CGAUCAGUGAUUUGUUAAAUAUUUACUCCAUUCAAAAAGCUACUUGUGUUUGUACUAUUUAGUUGCUGUUACUAAAGAUUUCAUUAUGCAAAAACUUCCAUUUUUCUUCACCGCAAAAGAAAUAAUAAGUCAAGGAAGAACCACCCAGGAAAAUCUGGACAAUAUCAAAGCAUGGUUAUCAAGUUUACCACCCAAUAAUUUCCUUCCAGGAGUCCAGGAUGAAAUGAUAGUGAUUUUUUUACUAUCAUGUGAUAACGAUUUGGAUUUGACAAAAAACACGAUCACUAUGUAUUAUAAAUGUAAACAGGAAGGACCGGAACUUUAUGAUAAUAGAGAAAUGGACAGGGAGGAUAUCAAAAAGGGAAUGAAUACUAUACAGUUGAGCAGUAUACCAGUUCGUACUGACGAAAACUAUGCAGUCCACUACUUCAGACUAAACGAUUCACAUUACAGAGCCUUUGAUUUGAUUCCCAUCAUGAAAAUUAGUUAUAUGCUUUUGGAUAUAACUCAGGAAAGAAACUUACCUAGCGGACUUGUAGUGGUCAUUGAUAUGAAAGGAGUCAGCCUGAUGCAUCUAACCAGAAUAAAAGUAAGCGCAAUUAGAAAAUACUUCCAAUUCCUUCAAGAAGGAUUUCCAUUGCAACUUAAAGUCAUACAUUUUAUAAACGCUGUAUACUUUUUCGAUAAAUUCAUGAAUAUCGCCAGGGCAUUCAUGAAAAACGAACUUGUGGAAAUGGUGAAGGUUCAUCCUCCUAGCACCAGCCAAGAAACAUUAUUUUCCUUAGUCCCAAAAAAAUGUUGGCCGAAAGAAUAUGGAGGUGAUUUGCCUUCUUAUAAUGACUUACAUGAAAUAACCAGAAAGCAAUUUGAGGAAAAGCAAAAAUUUUGGAGAAGAGAGCAAGAAAUACGUCAUAACUUAUUAGAAUAAAAUAAAUUUUCCUAUAAUAAUUGUAUGAACUUGAACCUUUUCAUAUGUGAAAUCAUUAUUUUUAUAAUCACUCUAAUUUAGUCAUCAUUGAUCAAAAAGAGAAUUUUUACUUUAUUACAUAACUAAAUUGGAAGCCGGUAUAAUUGGCGAAACUUUCACUCUGAGAAAUUCGUUUUCCUCUGUCUGACUGAAUAUAAACGUGUGUUGUUUACUCACUUAUUUUGAAUAAUGAGUAUAACAAUUUGGUUUUUCGAUAAUUUCUUGCUGAAACACUAUUUCGAAUCACACACACAAUUUCCAAUUAUAAGACAUUUUAUUCUAUUAGUACCUAUUUAUUUAGUUUCAAUUUGUUUAGUUUAAGCCAUUAACACUUUGUAAAACUUUUUAACAUUUAGUGGUAGGUACCUAAAUCAUUAAUGUGUAUGAAAUGAAUAAUAAAUGACCUUAUUUUUUACUGCCUUA